CCACAGCCGACUACAUCAUCUAUAAUGCAAGUUAUGAAAUGGAAACGGAAAAAUAUGGAACGGCGAAAGGCAAUUUUACGCAGAUUUGGCGCAAGACCAAUGGAAAAUUCUUGAUCCUGCAUGAUGAGUUCUCAUAGGC